AUGGGCUGGGCCUAUAAUACUCCUGAGAGCGCUGUUAAUAAUGGCUCGCACAUUACGAGUGUGGCCAUUGUAUUUACAGUGGCAUCACUGUUGGUGUUGUCACUUCGGUUCUACGUCCGAGGGUGGAUGAUCAAGACGAUCGGAGCGGAUGACUAUGUUUUGGCCUUUAGCUGGGUAGCGUGUUGCGGUUUCGCUGUCGUCACCAUCCUGCAGACAAAAUGGGGACUUGGACUAAAAAAUGUCCAAGAUAUGCCUGAUCAAAACCUCUUCAAUUUCGGGCUGUUGCAAUAUAUCGGCGCGCCAUUCUACAUAACAAGCAUAAUGACCUUCAAAAUCAGUCUAAUGUUAACCUACCUCCGCUUCAUGCCCAAGGGCGCAGCACGCACCGCAACAAUCGUAGUAAUAGUGCUCUGCAUCCUCUUCCACCUUGCUUUCCUCACCAUCCAGAUCAACCUAUGCCAACCGAUCUCCAUGCAAUGGGACCGCACCAUAACCGGCACCUGUCUCCCCGCCGUCCCCUUCUACACCACCACCUCCUCCCUGACCAUAACCUUUGACGUUGUCGUCAUGUUCCUCCCCUUCCCCGUCCUCCUCGCCUCGCGCAUCCAAAACCGCAAAAAAGUCGUCCUCCUCGGCCUCCUCGCCCUCGGCACCUUCAUCACCAUAAUCCAAGUAAUCCGCAUCCAAACCAUCCGCUCUUUGACCAACUACCUCGAUUCCUCGGGUGUCAUAAUGUGGUCGAGUGUCGAAAACAAUCUCGGCGUCAUCGUCGCUUCCAUACCGACGCUAGCGCCGCUAUUUACCUUCUUUGUGGAUAAGACGGUGAAGAGCUCCGAGAGAAGGGACAGCCAGGCAGGGGUCUGUGCCGUUGGGGAGUGGGGUGCAUGGGGGUGA